CCACGAGGUCUUUUGACGGCUCAGGCCAUCCCAACCACCAAGUCCUUCGAUGGUCUGUGCAGUGACUGCACUGCAAUACAGGGCUGCGGAAAGCUGGAUGUACCAUACGCACAGCCUACUUGUAGUCUCUCAGACGGCCCAGUACUUGGAGUUUGCGUAGCGUGUGCCUAGAGUGAUCCACGGUAGUUCCACAGUGAAGAAACCGGGAUGUUCGGAACGAAGCUGGUUGCCGUUGGCUGGCCAGCUGUGGAUUUGUGUCUGAUCAGUCACAUAUGUGGCCAGGGGCGAUGCAAACAACACGUCUUCACGCAUGCAGCGGCACGCUCAGUGACCCACAACCCGACCAUCCUGAUCUUGCCACCCUCAAGGUGAUCCUGGCACUGGGACUAUAUAUUCCAGUCGUGUCCUCCUCCCACUACCACAGCAGUUGAACGGAUUUCACCCAUGGAGAAGAUUGACAUGCAAGAGAGUACCUCGAUUACGUUCGAGUGGGUCCUUCGGGGACUCAAGAGUCUGUUCGAUUCGAGCAAAGGCGAGUCCAAGUCAAAGGUAACGAAGUCAGGCAAGUUUGGAGGCGGCAGGUGGCAGAUCCUUUUCUACGCAAACUCCGGCACAGAAAACGGGGCGUUUGUAAGCCUGUAUCUUUCUUGCGAACCUAACGCAGAAGAGAAAGAUAAGGCACUCGACGGCAAGUGGGUUCGUGAAGGAGUAUACAAAUUCACCUUCGAAUUACGAAAUGUUGGGAAGACCGUACUUUUUAACGCAAAGGAAGCACAAAACCACUCUUUUUCGUCAAAGACGGCAAAUUGGGGAUGGGCACAAUUUGCAAAACGAGAUCACAUCUAUUACAAUUCACACAGUGUGAAGGAAGCUGAUGCCCUCUUAAUCGUGUGCACUAUCACAUCGUCUCCUCAAGCACCGGUACCGUCCCCUUCAGUCCCCGUGCAGCUCGUCCCCAAAGAUUAUCUGGAACGAGUGGGAGGAUUACUUGACGAUCCUCUAUACUCGGAUGUAGAGUUUAUCUUGCCUAGGAGAGGGAGAUCAAAAGAGGUCCGAAGGAUAUACGCCAACAGGAGGAUCUUGGAGCGUGCGGAUUAUUUCGAAUCCAUGUUUAGGUCUGGUUUUUUGGAGGCCUCAGCAGACGAUGACCUCCGGCAGUCCCAGAUAGACACAGAGGACAUGGACAUCGCAUCCGAUGUCACCUACUCGUAUCAAUACAACGAUUCAGAUGACGAGGACGAGGACUUUGUCACCGAUUUCUCAGAAGAACCUAGCUUUGAUGGUUCGACGGAGACGGAGACAGAAUACGUCUCUGGCUCCCCCACUUCCACUCGUGUGCCAAGUGUCCUCGAGUCAGUUGCAGACUCGAACACUUACGGGAGUGUUAGAUCCAGCGACGCGGCCCCUGCGGAGGAAGAUCCUAACGUCCAAGCCAAAGCUUCUGACCCUUCUUCGCCGAAGAGUACAGACGCUUCGCUUAGAUGUGUGCCAGAGCAAGCUCAGCCUGCUACCCGACCAGAAACGGUCGAGGUUCAGGGACCGAAGAAGAUGCGCGUGGUCACAAAGGACGUCGCGUAUGCGACGUACAAAGCCGUGCUCUACUAUCUAUACACUGACGUCAUUGUCUUCGCACCAUUUUCAUCUUCCUUUAUCGCGUUCCCCUUACAACAGAAGCGAGGAGCCACCACAUCCGCUCAGGGAGCAUCCGAGAGCCAAUCCAGCCUUGUGGACAACCAAAAGGUGCCCGUUCAUGUCGAAAACCCAACGACCAGACGCGAAUGGAUCAAGAGAUGGCAACAGAACCAUCCUACGCAGCCCGCGCCGUGUUCGGCCAAGGCUGUUUAUCGUCUAGCCGAUAAACUAGGCCUUCUUGAGCUAAAAGAGCGGGCGUCUCAGCACAUCCAAAAGUCGCUCAGCGUGGAGAAUAUACCUUAUGAAGUGUUCUCUCCAUUCUCGGCUACCUUCCCCGAUAUAAGGAAAGUCCAGGUCAAGUACUUCCUCGAACACUGGGCCGAGGUUCGAGCAUCAGAAGGGAUGCAGAUGGUAUGGCAACAGAUUCGGAAAGGGAGGCACCCUGGAUUUGAAGAAAUUUGGCCCGUAAUUGUGCAAAAUCUAGAGUUUAUUCCUCAUUCUGGGACAGUAGCGGAGGCUACUGAUAAUUGAGAGGAUUACCACACCUUUAGAAGGUGGGUAUUUACUGGGAAGGACUAUGAGGGUGGCUUCAUUUCCUGAACGUCGUAGAUCAGUGUCAUCAGGUAACACAAAGUCUUCCGUAUAGAGGUGACCGUACCCUAGCAGAUUUGAGUGUGGUUGGUUAAUUGGAACGGUUUCAUUCUCAUCUGCACUCGCACAAGUAUUACCUCGAUAACUCAUAACUAUAUGGUGGCACAAUACCAUUAUUUGCAC